AUGAUCAUGGCUACCAAGACCUUGACAGUUCUUGGGGACGAGAAAGCCGGGAAAAAGACACUUAUUGGAUCCCUCAUCUACAAGUGCGGACUUGAACUAACACAACUGGAGGCUUUGGAGCGUGAAGGAGUGUCACAACUCAACGAGAUCGUACCAUUCUAUGAGAAAAGCAGUCGCGUCCUGUCGUUCUAUGCUCCAUCAGGGAGAAUUGUCGUCGAGAUUAUAGAAAGCAAGGAACCUGAUCUUGCCUUCUGGGUUUUAGAUGCUGCCGCAUCGAUGAACUGGAGGUCCUCGGCCGAGGAGCUGAGGUCUCUUCUGUCUAGCGGCACACUCCAACCUCGAGAAAGGCUGCUUAUACUAGUGAAUAAGAUUGACGGUAGGGAUUUGGUCGGGUGGUCUGAGCACACCUUUACAGAGGUAGUGCGCACAUUCAGUGCAGCCAACCUAAAGACAGAUCGGGCCUAUAUUCUUCCAAUUUCCAGCCUCAAAGGCGACAAUAUUCUUGGACCGCUAGAAGGUUAUUCGUGGAUGAAUGACCAAUCUGCCUCUCAUCCUAGCAGCUCUGUCCAUGUGUCUGAGCGUUCAUUGAUGGAUCUUUUACGCUAA